CUCAGUUCUGUUGUCAGUUCACAGGCCUGUUUUCAUAUGCCAUUGUCUAUUCCCUUUGUUUCUUUAUGUAUCCCAUAUGAGUGGGAUCAUCUGGCAUCUUGUCCUUCUCCACCUGAUUUAUCUUGCUUAACAAGACAAACUCUGAUUCCAUCCAAGUUGUAGCAAAAGGCAAUCAUUUCAUUGUGUAUUUAUAACACAAGUGCUUUACCCAUUCAUCUGUUGUUGAUCACUUGUGUUGUUUAUAGAUCUUUGCUAUUUUAAAUAGUGCAGCAAUGAACAGAGUUGUGCAUCUGUUCAAAUUAAUGUUUUUGUGUUCUUGGGAGGUAUGCCAAUAGAGGAAAUCACUGGGUCAUGUGGAAGCUCCAUUCUUAAUUUUUUGAGAAAUUUCCAUACUGCUUUCUGUAGAAGCUGAACUAGACAACAUUCUCACCAUGAUUUUUUUCCCUGAAUGCUAUGAUUUAAAUAUUAAUUUAAAUAUUUUCCAGAUAUUAUAUUUUUACUUUACUGAGAUCUAAAUAUGAUUUUAAAUUUCUAACAAUAUGUAGUUCCCAGUGGUGCUUGGGGGGCCAUGUGCUCAAGGGACCAUGUGGUGGUGCAAAGCAUUGAGCCGUCUCUUGACCCUUAUAUUACAGGUAAUAGGUUAUCACAACUCUCAGAAGGAAAAGUAGAAGAAUCAGCUGAACUGAAAGCGAUGAUUUGUUCAUAUUUAACCACAGGUUUGCUUGAAGAAAUAACACAGCUUUCAGAAUGGAGAAAUUCAUCUGUCCCUCUCUUGGGGUUCAAAGCUAAGAUGAUGAACUAAAUAAAUAUGGGGAAUUGGAAUUUCCUUGGAGGCAUUCUGGAAGAAGUUCACAUCCACUCCACCACGAUUGGAAAGAUCUGGCUUACCAUUUUGUUCAUAUUUAGAAUGCUUGUUCUGGGUGUAGCAGCAGAAGAUGUCUGGAACGAUGAGCAGACUGGCUUCCUCUGUAACACAGAACAACCUGGCUGCAGAAACGUGUGCUAUGACCAGGCUUUUCCUAUCUCACUCAUUAGAUACUGGGUUUUGCAGGUGAUAUUUGUAUCUUCACCAUCCCUGGUUUACAUGGGCCAUGCUUUAUAUCGCCUGAGCAUUUUGGAGAAAGAGAGGCAGAGGAAGAAAGCUCGAAUAAGAGCAGAACUGGAGGGAGGAAAGUUCGAAACACCUGGAGAAGAGAGGAAAUUGGGGCAAGAAAUUUGUCUGCUGAGGGAAGAGAAACUAAAUAAAGCUCCCCUGAGAGGAACCUUGCUUUGUACUUAUGUGAUACACAUUUUCACUCUCUCUGUAGUUGAAGUUGGGUUUAUGGUUGGACAAUAUCUUUUAUAUGGAUUUCACCUGCGGCCUUUAUUUAGAUGUCAUGGCUAUCCAUGUCCAAAUAUAAUUGAUUGCUUCAUCUCCAGACCAACUGAAAAGACAGUAUUCCUGUUAUUUAUGCAAUCCAUAGCUGCUGCUUCACUUUUCUUAAAUGUUCUAGAAAUUUUCUAUCUAGGUUUAAAGAAGAUUAAAAGAGGGCUCUGGGGACAAUAUAAAUUGAAAGAUGGACAUAACAAAUUCUACCUGAACAAGUCAAAACAAAUUUCUGCCAAGUAUUCUACACAUGCAAGUUCACUGAAGCAACUCUCUUAUGUAUCUGAUUAUGGUCAGUUAAUGGAAAUACAAACACACACAGCAAUAUCCACUAGUUUGAAUUUGCCUGCAUUUCAGCCAGAUUCUGACAAACAUAGUGCAACUGGUAAGAAAUGCAUUAUGAAAGAACAAGAAACGGUAGUGUUUAAUGAGAGGUGCACAUUUAGUACUAAUCUUUCUCAGCAUACUGACUCCAGUAAUAAAGACAGCACUCAUAAAAUGUUUGGAAUAGAAGGUAACGAGUUUAGGAGAAAAAGGGCAGUUGAUGGCAACGACAACAAAAGGAGGCACUACACUAGAGGUUACUGGUCUAUGUCAGCAGUUCCUAGAGAUCUGGACAAACCUCUGAUGCAGUCAUCCCAGACUGUUUUCUCUCUGCCCCCUCAGUGCACCUGGAAACCAGAGUGGCUUCCUGCCUCUACAGAACACGAAAACCAGGUGUCUCCUCCUAAAGAUAAUGCGAAGGGCCAGUUCAGAGAGGGCAUGUUCGGAGCACUUCCUCCUUCACAGGUGCAUUUCCAACCACUUGAUAUUCCAGAAACGCCAAAUUCUUUGAGAGAAUUGUCUUUUGAACCUCAGUUGGUCAGAACCUGCAGGGAUUCUACUGCUAACCUUCCAAACCACUUAGCAUUGCUGACAAAGAACCAUAUUGGUAGGCGGGCUCCCUCCGACCUUCAGAUCUGAACAUCUGUUGACUUUUUGACAUUGGGAGACUAUUAUCAUAGAAGCAGGAUAGUGGAGCAUAGUCAAAGAAGAGUUCUAGGAACUUGUAAUUUUUAGGAGGUGGGGGAAAGGGCUAUAUCCAGCUAUGUUCAGGAGCUACUUUCAGCUUGGAGUUGCAGGGGAUGUGCAUGUGUCAGUAGAGUUAUCCAGAUGAAAUUCCAACCCUCCCUCAGGCAAAGCAUGCCUCUGGCCCUUUGAACUAUUUCCACCACCUAGGACCAACUGUUAAGAAGAGAGCAAAAGUAUUUGAAAAGGGAUGAAAAAAGUUUUGAUUUCAAACUGUGACAGGGUAGUUGUUUUUUUUUUUUUGGGGGGGGGUCAUAUCUGGCAAUGCACAGGGGUUACUUCUGGCUCUGAACUCUGGAAUCACCUCUGGCAGUGC